CGAAAAAAACCAACGCGCAUCGCUUCUCUUUUGGAAUUUAUGGUACUGUAACAAGGCUCCCUUUUGUGUUACCGCUGAUAUUUUAACGUGAAAUCUUCAAAACUAACGCGUAAACAAUGCAAUAAUAACACUUUUCACGCUAAAAUAGUGUUAUUACUCGAAUUUAAGACCACAGCACCGCGAUAUACGGAUCAAUAUCGCGCACUUAAUAUGCGCUAGCUACAGCUAAGCGUCGGUGCACCAAAUGGAGACGAAAUCCGGCGUUGGCAUUCAAGACCACUGGAUGAAGAGUAUGAUGGAGCCGGCGUCGAGCGACAAACAAGACAACCGUUCGUCAGUUAAACGUGAAAAAAUGGCUGAAGCUUACAACGGUGAAAACGUAACAUACGAUAUGAAACAGCAACAAAAUGACCCGCGGUACAGAUGCGAUGUCUGUCAUCUCACGUUCGAAGGUAUGGAGUAUUUGAUGUUGCAUAAAAAAUUUCAUGGAAACGACAAAGACACUCCAAUUAUGGAGCCAGAGCCUCAAGUACAUCACAAAGAAGGCCCUAAAAAGCGACGUAAGUUCAAAUGUGAUCAGUGUGAUGUAAAAGUGAACUCUCAAUAUCACCUAGACAUACAUAGAAGCAAGCAUGAAGGUGCUGCAUCCAAAAAGUACAUGUGUGAGGUCUGUGACCGUAGCUUUGUUGCUGCUCAAUUUCUCAAAAGUCAUAUGCAAACUCAUUCAUCAACAUCAACAAUAAAUUGUGAGAUAUGUAACAAAAGUUUCACUGGGCAAGCAUAUUUGAAGCUGCAUAUGCAACUACAUAAUGACAUAAAGAAGUUUAAGUGUUCAAAAUGUGAUGAGAUGUUCCCUACGAAGAAUUGUUUGAAAAUUCAUAUGAAGAAGCAUACAAAAGUGAAAAAUUUUAAAUGUGAUUGUUGUAAUAAGCUGUUUGUGUCAAAAAUAACAAUGGAGAAGCAUAGACAAACGCAUGAAGGUCAGCCAAUUGAUUGUCAUGUGAAAUGUUCACAUUGUGAUAGAACGAUGCACGCUUCAUUACUUCGUACACACUUGACAAGAGCGCAUCCACCUACAGUUGAUGACGAUGUCAAAAGACCACAUAAGUGUACUACAUGUGGCAAAAGUUUCAUUGUAAGAAUUAAUCUUAAUCUGCAUAUCAGAGUCUGUCAUCCGGAUCUGGCUGAACCUGAGGAUGAUGAUGAAGAUAUCAUGACAGACAACUCUUAGGCUAGAACCAC